AGGAUAGCCAACUGACUCGGCGGUACUUGGAAUAGGGAUGAUAGUGAUGGUUUUCUGAUGCGGGCGAGAAGGAUGACGGUAGGGUUCGGAUUUGUUCAAGUACUCGGCUGGCCUUCUUGCCGCUUGAUUCAAGUUUGUCUCUUGCAAUCAUCAACAACAUGUGGCAGUACCAACGGAGCCGUGUGAUGCUUGCGGCAUUCUUGCUGCUUUCGUUCGUCACGGUAUAUCAUCUCCUCCCUCGGACACCGGAGUCUUCGGAUCUUUUCUCGAGCAAGGACAGUUCGAGUAUCUCUACAGUCAAACGACCAAAGAACCCAAAGCUUCAUCUGCUCCUUCCUACCACAAGUGGAGAUGUCAAUCUUUGCAAGACAAUCCUUAGUGCAAAGGCUUUAGGAUACCCUGAGCCAGUAAUACUCGGAUGGGGCGGCAAAUUCGACACAUGGUACCUUAUCGCAGGUGGUUCUCACGUCGCGAAAAUCUCGAGGGUGCUGGAGUAUCUGGAGAGCCUCGGUCCUGAACAGGAUGAUGAGUUGGUAUUAAUGAUGGAUGCAUUCGAUAUCUGGUUCCAACUUCCUCCGGAGACGUUGAUUGAGAGAUACUAUUCCAUCAACGAGAGAGCAAACGUGAGAAUUCAAAAGCACAUGGGCAAGGCUGCCGAGAUUGAGGGGAUCAAGCAGACCAUCAUCUUUGGUGCUGGUAAGCGUUGCGCUCCCAACCAGCCGCAAACAGUCGCAUGUUAUGCUGUACCAAAUUCACCAGUGUCCGACGAUAUCUAUGGAGGAAACACAGAUACGAUCAUGGGUCGCAACAGAUGGACAAGCCAUCGUCAACGCUACAUCAAUUCUGGAUACAUCAUUGGCCCGGCCAAGGACAUGAGAGUGAUGUUCAAGAAAGCUUGGGAAAAGGUACAGAGCUGGCCUCAUGUUGAUGAGUAUGACAAUGGAAGCGGUGAAUCAGGUUUCAUGCACCAUGGAUCAGAUCAAGCUGCCUUUGCAAAAAUGUUUGGAGAACAACAAAUUCAGAGAGAAGUGUUGCGUCGCCGCCAUGCAUCGACCUGGACAACAAAGUUGACGCAAGAGCCGUCAGUCCUCAAGAUCGAAGGCACAGAAGUAGGAGAUAUUCUAAACCCACCGUUCACCCACGAGCCAAUGGAAUACGUCGAAGGCGAAAUUUACGAAUUUGGCAUCGGCAUGGAUUACUCCUCCGACCUCGGCCACCAGACAAUGAACUCAGGCUGGGAUGCAGCAUGGCUACGCUACGACGACCCAGAAGAUGUCUUCCUGAACAAGACACGCAAAGGACGCAACGACUUCGACUGUAAAUAUCGCGGCGACUUCAAAAUCCCAGCCGACAUGAGGCUCUACGAUGAAAGAGACUUCUUACCCGAAGGGCGCAGAUGGGAGCAGGUGAACCUUUACACGCAUAUCUGUAUGGGCACUAUUCCCGUCAUGGCACAUUACAACGGCGACAAGAAAGAGCGAGAGCGCCAGUGGCCGCAGUUCUGGGUUCAGCAGUAUGGCAAGUGGAUUGUGGAGAACACUGAACAAUAUGGAGGCGGAAGGAUUGGGGCUUCGAUAUGGAAGAAGGACGAGCAAGCACAAUUUAUGGGUUGGGAUACACUGUGUCCUGCUGAGUACUCGAAAGAGCUAUACAGAGGCGAUAAUCUGGCUCUUGUUUCAUAAGUGUUAUUUGGUUGUUGGUUGAUACCUUUUCUUACUGCAUAUAUUCUCACGUCGUUUGCAGAGAGUGAUGAUUCAAGGUCCCCUC